CAAAAGGAGAAAAGAGCAUCCAUGGCUUGAAGCAAAAGAAAAGUUUCUGAGCUGCUCUCCUCUGUAUAAACCCUUUUCCAAACAAGAGCAGCAGAGAAGAAGAAGAAGAAAGCUAAAAUGUUCAGGAAUCAGUACGACACAGAUGUGACGACAUGGAGCCCAACAGGCCGUCUCUUCCAAGUGGAGUACGCCAUGGAAGCAGUCAAGCAAGGCUCCGCCGCAAUCGGGCUCAGAUCUCGCUCCCAUGUCGUCCUCGCCUGCGUCAACAAGGCCCAAUCCGAGCUCUCCUCUCACCAGAAGAAGAUCUUCAAAGUCGAUGACCAUAUAGGCGUCGCGAUCGCUGGGCUCACCGCCGAUGGCCGUGUCCUCUCUCGUUAUAUGAGAUCGGAGGCUAUCAACCACUCCUUCACCUAUGAGUCUCCGCUCCCCGUUGGACGCCUCGUCGUUCACCUCGCUGAUAAGGCCCAGGUCUGUACCCAACGAUCAUGGAAGCGGCCAUAUGGCGUGGGUCUUUUGGUAGGUGGACUGGAUGAGUCUGGAGCCCAUCUUUACUACAACUGCCCAAGCGGAAACUACUUUGAGUAUCAAGCUUUCGCUAUUGGGUCCCGUUCACAAGCCGCAAAGACCUAUCUGGAGCGUAGGUUUGAGAGCUUUGGGGAUUCUUCCAGAGAAGAUCUGAUAAAAGAUGCUAUUCUGGCUGUGAGGGAGACACUGCAAGGAGAAACACUUAAGAGUUCUCUCUGCACGGUCUCUGUUCUAGGUGUCGGUGAGCCGUUCCACUUCUUGGACCAGGAAACUAUACAGAAAGUGAUUGACACAUUUGAGAAAGUACCAGAGGAUGAGGCUGGUGAGGCUGGUGAGGCUGGUGAGGGUGAGGCUGAAGCUGCUGCUGCUGCUGCACCAGCAGAACAGGGUGGUGGUGGUGCAGGUGACCAAGACGUGGCUCCGAUGGAAAUGUAAGGCGUGUGCAACGCUAGAACUGUUUUAAUUGAAUGUUUGUUGGAUUUACUUUGGAUAAUUUCAUAUGAAUCAUUUGCAAAUCGCUGCGGCUUUACAUUAUAUGCUCGCAAACCUCGUGGGGUUGAAAUCAUUUGGUCAUUUUAAUUUCAUAGCUACCGUUAAGACUC